CGGGCCGAGGCGACCUCUCCGCCAACAUCCAUCAGAUCAGCAUCAAACGGGUAUCCCCCGGCAUUCACGAAUCCUCAUUCCUACCUCUAUGCCACUGCAUUUCUUGCACCUUUUUGCCGUUAGAUAAGACUAAUUGCCUGUUCCAUCCUUCGAGGGCGCAAGAGAAGGAAUUCGAAGCAGUGUUGAAGCUUACAGCGUGUGGAACCCUAGAUUUUGGAUAGGCUGGGCUCUAGAGGGUAAAUGAGUGGCCCGGAAGAGAACAGGCGUCUCGUCAAUCCCAGGUUCCUAAAGCAUCCAUGAGGUUGCUUAUUUUCCCUUCUUUCUCGCAGCCUCCUUUGCUGCGGCGGGGAAAGCCUUUGGUUUCUCAGUACCGGCUGCGGCAGUGGUACCCGAUCUCAUUUCACAGCAAGAGGCCACCAGGGUACUCCGUUUACAGGUUUGGUGGCUUUUCUUCCAAAUGCUCGGUUGUAGAUGUUGACGUUGAUGCCAGUUCUAUUGCCACGGAGGAUGAGACCUCUGAAGAUCUAACAUCUUGUUCAAAUACGUUGUCUCCCUUGGCAUCAGAUAUUUUCUAUUCCGCUUCUUUUAAGUCACUAAAGGAAGAUGACUGCAUAAAUUCUCUCCUAAGAGAAGUACCGGUUCUAACCAAGGAUGAACAAGCUGCUCUGGCUGCCACUCCGGCUCACCCUGCAGGUUUAUAUGCUUUAUAUGCAAGCUUCCUUGUUGGAAAUAUGGUGGAACAACUGUGGAAUUUUGCAUGGCCUACAGCUGUUGCAACUCUUCAUACAAGUCUCUUGCCAGUUGCUUUUGUGGGUUUCUUUGCCAAGCUUUCAGUUUUCAUUGGUGCCCCUUUGGUUGGUAAUCUCAUGGAUCACUUCCCUAGAAUUCCUGCAUAUCACAGUCUUAAUAUAAUACAGACAGCUGCUCAGCUAUUGUCAGCUGCAAUGAUCAUACAUGCACUCAGCAGGGCAUCGUGUUCUUCUGCAUCAACCAUGCUUUUCCAACCAUGGUUUAUAGUGCUGGUUGCCGUGGGAGCAAUUGAAAGACUUGCAGGCUUAGCUUUGGGUGUUACUGUUGAGCGUGAAUGGGUAGUGCUGUUAGCAGGCACUAAUAGGCCAAUCGCUCUUGCCUGUGCAAAUGCCAUGCUCAAUCGUAUUGAUCUUCUUUGUGAGAUAGCUGGCGCUUCAAUUUUUGGCAUUUUGCUAUCCAAAUACCAUACCGUAACUUGUUUAAAACUCGCUUCUGGACUAAUGAUAUGUGCAUUGCCUGUUUUGUUUAUUUUAGGGGAACUUAUAAACAGGAGUUCAAGUGGCGCUCUAGAAUGCUCCAAGUUCUCUCAAAAUUCUGAUAGUUCCUUUAGAGUUGGUUCCCUCUUAAAUAUGGGGAAGAUAGUUGAAAUUGGAUUCAAGUCCAUGAGAAAUGGCUGGAUGGAAUAUAGAAAUCAGCCCGUUCUUCCUGCAAGUUUGGCGUAUGUAUUCCUGUAUUUCAACAUUGCCCUUGCUCCAGGGUCCAUAAUGACGGCAUUCCUAAUGCAUCAUGGAGUCAAUCCUUCAAUCAUUGGUGGGUUUAGUGGGUUAUCUGCAUUUAUGGGUGUUGCUGCAACAUUCAUAUCUGCAACCCUUGUUGAAAAACUAGGCAUUCUAAAGGCAGGAGCUGCUGGAUUAGUGUUUCAGAGUGUUCUUCUUGCCACGGCUCUUGGUGUAUUUUGUGUUGGUUCUGUUUCAAGUCAAAAACCACUGUUUUUCUUCCUCUUAUUGAUUGUUUUAUCGAGACUGGGUCAUAUGUCUUAUGACGUUGUUGGAACCCAAAUUCUUCAGACUGGAAUCCCUCUUUCCAAGGCAAAUUUGAUUGGGGCGACAGAGAUUUCAAUUGCUAGCCUUGCGGAAUUUGCGAUGUUGGGUGUAGCAAUAAUUGCAAAUGAUGUGAAGCAUUUCAGCUUCUUGGCCUUGCUCUCGUUUUCUUCUGUAGUUGGUGCUGCAUGGAUGUUCUGCUGUUGGCUUGGAAACCCAUCUGAUGAGCAGAGAGAACUUUUCUCUCUUGAUCCUCAGUUCCAAACAUGAGCAAAUUUGUGAUUAUUUGUUACUUACCAAUUCUUCCAUUUGUUCCAUGUGGAGGCCAUAGAAUAUGGAUGCAUCCAGUAUAUAUACAGUCAAUCAAAUCUUCUCCAUGUCAUUGCUAUUGAUUCAGUUCUGAGUUGACACGAUUUGGAUUUGGGUUACUGAAUCACAUAAUUAGUAUUCUUAGAUUUGGUCUACCCAAUUUCUCUGUUUAACUCAUUUUUUUGUAUAGUGUAUUUGGCACUUCAUAAA